AUGCCUAAUUAUCGUUGGAUCCUCCUCUCGUCAUCUGCCGGUGAGGAGGUGGUGGCGGGGGAGGCGGUGAGUUACCUCUAUCCUGUCCUCCCCGAUAAGGGACUAUUUGACGAUGGAAAGAUGGCGCAGGAGAUGGACCUCUUGAAGCAUAGCCAUAGCUUUGGUGCAUCGGAGGAGCAGGAGAAGGCCCCCUUGCAUCGUAGCCAUGAGGAGGAGCUGGCGAUGGAGCUCUUGAAUGGUGGUAACUUUGCAUUGGCGCAGGGGAAGGAGCCCUCGAGUGGUAAUUGUGCAUGGGAGCUGGAGAUGGAGCCCGUGAGCCAUAGUGGUGAGAAGGCGCCGGUGAAGGUGCUGGCGAAGGAGCCCGGAAAUCGUGCGCUUGAGGUGGUGCAGGUGAAGGUCCUCGUUGGUUAUAUGACUGAGGAGGUGCAGGCGAUGGGCCUCGUUCCGUUUCAUGAGUACUAG